GGACGGCUAUCCAGAAUCACUUCCAAUGGAGGUUGCUCUUUUAGUUCUUGCAAACCAAGAGCCCGCAAUACAGGAAAUAAUUAAGCUUUUGGACUGGCGCGUGGAUGAGGACGAAUACAUCAUGGUCCUAGAGCGGCCCAUGCCCUCUGAAGAGCUGCUCUCCUUUCUCCUGCGCCAAGAGUCGAUCAUCGAUGAGGAUGGGGCACGGUUGAUCAUGUGGCAGGUAAUAUUUGCAGCUCAAACGUGCUGCAGACGCAAAGUCUUUCAUCGCGAUAUCAAGAUGGAGAACAUCCUGAUCAACCCGGACACCCUCGAAAUCAAAUUGAUCGACUUUGGAUGCGGGGAAAUCCUCACCGAUGCUCCUUACACAAGUUUUGCUGGCACAGAUGACUAUGUCCCACCUGAGUAUCGGAUAACUGGCGAGUACCACGGUAAAACAACGACAGUGUGGUCUCUUGGGCUACUCCUUUAUGUGAUGAUGUGUGGAGAUUUUCCAAAUCGACACGACCUGCAAAUGAUCAGACGUAACAUCUGGACCAAAGAUCACUUGACAAAAGAAUGCUGUGAUUUGAUCCGCUGCUGUCUCCAGAUCGAGCCAGAGCAGCGAAUUGAACUUGAGAAACUGAGUCUCCAUGACUGGUUUACGCCUGAAGACGUGGAAAGACCUGCACCCGAGAACCGCAUCGUCCAUCAGCAGUCAGAGGAUCCCUCAUUUUUUAAUAUUCCCUUCUUUUUACUUGUUAGUUUUUUCUUUAGACAUUAUUGUAUAUUUUAGUAUGACUGAUGAUAGUAGUUAAAAAAAACAUAAACACUAAAAAAAGGAAGUUGUAGCCAGCCAU